AUGACAGAUGAUCCUCCCAACAUCCAAAACAGGAUAGCAAUCAAAUCCUCUCAACCAAAACCACAACAACAAACAUACAACCCAGCAAACAAUAAGUCUGAUAAACAAUCAACCCAAGAGAAAAAAGCCCAAUCAAAAAAGUCCUCUCAACCUCUUCCCCCCAAAAACCAAGCAGAAUCUCAAUCUGUCAAACCCACCACAACCACUACCACAACAUCCAACGCCAUCCAAAAAGACAAUGCCAACAA